UUGGUUGUUAAGUAUUUUUGGCAAGCUUUUUGGUUUCGUUCCACAGAAGCCACCAAAAAGAAUAGAAUUGAAAUAUUUGUUUUAAACCAAUUUAUUUAUUUACAGAGUCUAUCAGUUGCCCGACCGCUUGUGUCGGUUUAUUCAGAGAAAUGCGAGGUGGUUGAUAAGGCGUCACUGCCGUUACCCUUUGUCUUCAAGGCACCAAUCAGACCUGACCUUGUCAACGAUGUUCAUGUGUCUAUGUCCAAGAAUGCCCGUCAACCAUACUGUGUCAGCAAGGAGGCCGGUCACCAAACCAGUGCUGAGUCGUGGGGAACAGGUCGUGCUGUAGCCCGUAUUCCACGUGUUCGUGGAGGUGGUACUCACCGAUCUGGUCAGGGUGCGUUCGGCAACAUGUGCCGCGGCGGGCGGAUGUUCGCGCCCACCAAGCUGUGGCGGAGAUGGCACCGCCGCGUCAACCUACGGCAACGUCGUGCCGCAGCGGCUGCCGCAGUCGCCGCCGCUGGAGUGCCCGCACUGGUGCAGGCCCGAGGACAUGUGAUUGAGAAGAUCCCAGAGCUGCCAUUGGUCGUGUCCGACAAGGUCCAGGAGAUCACCAAGACAAAGGAGGCUGUCAUCUUCCUCAGACGUGUCAAGGCUUGGUCUGAUGUUCUCAAGGUGUACAAGUCCCAGCGACUUCGCCCCGGUAAGGGUAAGAUGCGCAACCGUCGUCGCAUCCAACGCAAGGGACCGCUCAUCGUAUACUACAGGGACCAGGGUCUUACAAAAUCUUUCCGCAACAUCCCUGGUGUUGAGAUGCUGAAUGUCAACAAGAUGAACCUUCUGAAGCUGGCUCCAGGAGGUCAUGUUGGUCGCUUCAUCAUCUGGACCAGGUCUGCCUUCCAGAGACUAGAUUCCCUGUUCGGGUCCUGGAAGUCACCAUCCAAGGCUAAGAAGAACUUCAACCUGCCGCAGCCCAAGAUGGCCAACACUGACCUCACCAGGCUACUGAAGUCUGAUGAGAUCAGAAAGGUUCUGCGUGCACCCAGCAAACGCGUUGUUCGCACUAAACGUAAGCUGAACCCACUGACCAACACCAAGGCUAUGCUGAGAUUGAACCCAUAUGCUGCUGUCCUGAAGAGGAAAGCCAUUUUGGACCAGGCAAGAAGGAAAAAUGUGAGGGCCCUGGCUGUGGCUGAAAAGCGUGGAGUAAAACUGCCAGCUGAUCACCCAGCACAGAAAGCAGAAGCCUUACGCGAGCUCCGCAGGAAAUCUUUAAAGCUGGCGGCUGCUAAAAAGCCCAAGAAGACCGUGGCAAAGAAAACUCCUCCACCGCCUAAGAAGAAGACUACCGAGAAGGCACAAAAGAAGGCGGAAGCUAAGAAACUUGUAGCCAAGAAGUGAAAGUCGUAAUAAACAUUUAUAACUGA